UUGAGUGUUUUCUCUUCUUAUAGGUUAAUUAACGUUGGUGAUCAGCGCGGAGAUCGUCGGAAGUGGAUCUACCUAUUUGAGACAGUGCACGCAGUCCUUUUUUUUGCGUCCCUUGUUGAUUUUCUAGAACGAAGUCAAACACCCGACUUUGAGACAAAACUAGACGAAAGCCUUGAGUGCUUUAGGUUUAUUAUGGAAGCUCAACCCCUGUCACGAAAAGAUGCCAUUCUCUUUUUCACAAAAAAGGACAUUCUCCCUGUACUUCUCUCGAAUGAAAAGUUUACAACAGCGUCAAACUACUCCGAGAUUCAAGAAACAAAGGAUCCAGAACUGUGUAUCUCUGCACAACGAGAGCUCUAUUUAUUGCAACGCAAGGACAGGAGCCAAAAAACUGGUCGUGUUUUUGUCCACACAGUGUGCCUUCUUGAUAUCGACGAGAUGAAGGCCAAAUCUCGAAGUGUCCUCAAAAGUGUGCUCGAUUCAAACUUCCGACGUCAUGCAAUGUUCUGA